UAUGUGGGCACUUCAGCCUUUACCUAGCUAGGAUGCUCUGGCACAGGAGCAACAAAAUUUGCAAAUACUUUAGGCUUUGCGUAAAGCAUUGAUAUUUAAGGACUAGAUACUUUGAAGAUUUCAGGGCUAGCAUGUAGUUGCUUCUAUCAUUCUCAGUGUUGCUGUACCUCCAGCUUCCCAAAGCAUUCUGAAACCAAUACCAGCUUUCCCUUAACAUAUGAAAUGGCCAGUGCAAUUGGGGUGACCCACCCAUAGGAAAAAUCUGUCAAAUGUGAAGGGUAUAUUUUGAAAGCUCAAAACCCCAAUGGGAUACAGAAAGAAUCUAUUUCCAGUUAAAAACUCAGUAAUUUAAAGCAAAUUACAUGACUUGGGGUGCACCACUUUGACUCAUUCAUUUUCUGAUAUUUAGGUUUUGCAAUAUUGCUGCACAUUCUGCUUAUGGUGGUGACUUGUACCUAAUCCAGCAGUAUAUUAACCCAAGUUCAGUUCUGUUGUGUGUUUUACUGGGGGCUCUUCUCCACUAGUCUUUAAUCUCUAAUAUUACUUUAAAUGCUAUUUAUUUCAUAAAACAUGUUGCACUUUUAAAAAAAUGCAGUUAGAAUAUUUAAUAUUUAAUAAUUCAGUUAUAAGGGCCCUACAUUGCAUCACUACAUCUGGACUUGGAGAAUUAAUUGCUGUAGCUGGGAUAAUUAUCUAGGGAGAAAAAAAAAUUCUUCCAGUUGGAAUUGUUCUGAACUAGAUUUCUUGUCAUAAUGCUGAAGUGUGAGGACUGAUGUUAGACUGUUAUAUGGAAGCAGCUGGGGAUUUUUGUACAAAAAUUCAGUCCUGUGCUCAAUGAAGUAGGGGAGUAUUUUAGUCUUGGCUUCACUCUGCAUAAUACUGCAACUUGUUUUGAAGUCUAUUUGCCUAUUGGCUUUUGGUUUAAAAAGGAUCAAACAACAACAAGAAAGGUUGAAUUUUUCAGAAUCAGCUGAAAUAUUUUUUCUGUGUCAGUUUAGUCCUAAGUACCUUAGCUUUCUUUGAAAAAUCCAGUCCACGUGCUGGGAAAAACUGACCAUUAUUUGCAUCCCAAAAUUUAUCAAAGUUUAUAAAUAGCACCAGAAUAAAUAAUUCAUGCCACUGUGGUGGUUUCAGAUCAUAUAAAGAACUGUCAGACCCACUUUGUCUAGGAAAAAAAAAUUGAAACACAGGCAUUAAAACACUUGACCAAAGCCAGGAAGCACAAGUUGAAUGCUACCAAUUUGUAUGUGCUGGGACUGCAAGUGUCAAAUUUUUUGACCAUUUUGAAGUGCUUUGAAAUGUGGAGAUGUAAUAUUUUAUCUCCUUUUUUAAAACAUGGGAAGGAAAAAUAACUUCUAAGGCUUGCAGGUGGGUUUACUUCCUAAGAACUUCCAACUGAUUUAUAACAGUUUGCGAAGUGGUUUCCUUAGUGUCAUUCAAAGCAGAGUAAAGGAACUAGUUGAACUUGCAUUUUCAUUUUCAGCCCUCAACAUUUAACUUAGCCUGUAAAACCAGGAAUCAAAAAAUAGGAUAAACAGUGCAAAAGUAGGCUGGGAUUCUCAUGACUCCCAUUCAAGGGCAUUUUCCUUCUCUCCCUCUUGUCCUCACCCUGCCUGCUCUCCCUCCCUCACUGUCUUAGCAACAAGAUUCACUGGCUGACUGUAGCUAACUUGUCUUCUACCCCCUCAAACCAAUUAGUUCAUCUAUUUAAGUCAUGCAUCGAAGAAGCCUGCCCCCUUUGAGCACACAGCUCACUUAGGGCCCAAUCCUACAAUCUUCAAUUUUUAAGGCAGAGAGAGUUUGCAAUUGACUCAAAUUACAUUAGGAUAGGACCUUUUAUGUUCUAAUUUCUUUACAAAAGCUGUAGCAUGAUGGAGAGGGUGUCGGUGCUAUCACUGUUUUCCUUCAUCUACCCUUUUCUUUAUUUGAAGAGCACAACAGUAUAUGGAAAAGUCCUUAAAUAAUGGAGAAAGUAACUAAAACAUCAAUUCACAAAACCUCUUCUAUUCACAAAUGCUGCUUAUUCAUUAUCAGUUCCAGAAAAUUGCAAAGAUUGGAUUUGGUGAGCAAUUAGAACAUUCAGUAGAAAACUCAGAGCAUCCAGGAGAAAACAGCAUUGUAGUAGUAAUGACUACAGCAUCCCUUUUUGUCUAAGCUUUUAAUGAAAAUCACAGUCUUUUAGUGCAUAUUUUAACGAAAUGCUAAACAUUGGGCAGAUCUCAGAAGGAAGCCUGCUCUUUUUGCACUCCUAACAACCUCUGGCAUAAUGAGGUGUGACAAAUUGAUUUAAAAUGUAGUUGCAGGAAGAAGGGCAGGCGAGCUUUGCUCUGCCUUGUGGGUGUUGUAGUCGUUUUGCAGCUCUGUGCCUGGGCAGCAAUAGGAACCCGGACUCGAAGUCCCACAGCUCCCACUAGAGCCCGCCGCACAGGCUCAGAGCCCAUAUGCGAGGAGGGGGUGACUACAUUGUGUCUAUUGUAUGGUUUUUUUGUUUUGGUUUGGUUUCGGUUUUUUUUUUUUACCCCCGGGCAUUUGGCACGUUUCACGGGAGGUGUAAACCGGGAGUAAAAAGCAUGGCAGAUGAGCAAGAAAUAAUGUGCAAACUCGAGAGCAUCAAGGAGAUCAGGAAUAAGACUUUGCAGAUGGAAAAAAUAAAGGCAAGACUGAAAGCAGAAUUUGAAGCCUUGGAGUCUGAGGAGAGGCACCUGAAGGAAUAUAAACAGGAAAUGGACCUGCUGCUGCAAGAGAAGAUGGCUCACGUGGAGGAGCUGCGACUGAUCCACGCUGACAUUAACGUGAUGGAGAACACUAUCAAGCAGUCUGAGAACGAUCUUAACAAGCUCUUGGAAUCAACUCGCCGGCUCCACGAGGAGUACAAGCCCCUCAAGGAGCACGUGGAUGCCUUGAGAAUGACUCUGGGCCUGCAGAGGCUGCCAGACCUGUGUGAAGAGGAAGAGAAACUGUCCCUUGACUACUUUGAAAAGCAGAAAGCAGAAUGGCAGACAGAACCACAGGAGCCUCCCAUCCCAGAGUCUCUGGCUGCAGCUGCAGCAGCUGCCCAACAGCUGCAGGUGGCCAGGAAGCAAGACACCAGACAGACAGCAACUUUCAGACAGCAGCCACCUCCAAUGAAGGCAUGUUUGUCGUGUCACCAACAAAUCCACCGGAACGCGCCCAUAUGUCCACUCUGCAAAGCAAAGAGCCGAUCUCGGAAUCCCAAAAAGCCCAAGAGGAAACAGGAUGAAUGAAAUCCAGGAGAUUGACAAGCUGUGUGACCUGUCCCAGUACUCUUCCAAUAGAAUGGCAAAUUUGCCCAGACUUUACUGAAUUGCAGACUCAAGUAUGACUGUCUCAUUGUUUUCUAUUUAAAUGCAAUGUAAGCACAAUGUUCCUGCUCUAAGUUCCUUCCAGUCUUUAGGAUUUGAUUUUAGGGAAGUAAAUAUUACUGGUGCUACGGUUUAACAUUUCAAUUGCUCCAUCUUUUGUACUCCUAAACAAACUGGAAUUCUUUGUGCAAGUGUCCUAAAUGUCAGGCUAUUUCUAUUGACCAAAUGUGAUUACCACAAAUGCUUUUAUGUUCUCUUUUUAAAAAACAGAUGUUACUAAAAGAUUAUUCUGUUUUCUCCUGAUAACAGGAGACUAUUUGAAGUGCUAAAAUAGCAGACUGUCUGUUUCACUGAUGAACAGUUUGUUCUCCUAUCUCGUAAGACUGGGUAGAUUUGGGUAUCCAAUGGAACUCUUUUUACACAGGAAAUGUUUAGGGAAAACAAGAUUAGUUAUACCGAAAAUCAAUGCAUUAAGGACACACAUGGGUUUUGAUUUACUGAAGUUGAUUGUACCAUUCCCUCAAACUUGACUUAAAACUUGGAAAGGUGCUCUCUGUGUAUAAUUUUUAAAAAUUAUGUUUUAACAUCUUAACAGGUUAUUAUUUUCAGCAGUCAAAAGACUGACUGACUUAAGAACAAGGCUGAAGUGAACUGUAUUAGUGGUCCUCCUAGGCUUUUUGGCUGACCAAUGCACUGUGGUUCUCUAGGAAACAUGUAUGAUAUAUGCCAGAUCUCUAUGUGCACAGACUGCACAUCAGCCAUUCUGCAUGUCUUCUGUUCCUCGUUUCUACAGCCAAAAUCUGCCAGACAUAUCCUCCACUGGAGCAUAGGAAAGUUCAGGAACAUGCAUGAGGAACAGUGUCAACUAAAAAUUAUAUAAUUUUCCAAAACCAAUGAGCUUUGGUGCCAUUGUCCUCCCUCAACCAAAACUUUGUAUUUUUCUGUCUUUUAAUAGGUCAUUUUCAAAUAAGCUUUACUUCAGGCCAGUUUGUUUUCUUGUUCCCUGUGUGCCAAAGGAACCCUGACCAAAGCUUCUGGAUUAGAUCACUCCCUGUAUGUUUUCCCUUUGUUUCAUGUAAUGUAACAACAGUUCUUGCAAUGGGAAGGAUGGAAAUGAUCCAUUUACAGAGCCGGCACUUGAAAUUUACUCAUCUCUAAUCCCAGUUUUUGUGACCACCUUUGUUGCCUAAAUUGAUCUCAAGUGUUAAAUAUUCUUUUUACUAACUCUGGGACACAGGAACUGCUUGUUCACACUCUUCUCUCUUUAGCCCAGGUUUCUCUCUACUGUUAUGUCAGGGUGGUUAUACUGGGAAUUUGGCUUGUUAGACAGGAGGAACAAGGAAGCCCCAAGUCUCUGCUCCAAGAACUUUGCCAAAUGCUGGCAACUGUAAUAAAUCCACACAAUGCAAUUUUUCUGGCCAAAUCACAUAUGUUGCCAUGAAUUUCCUAAGUUUGCCACAGAGUACAUGAUUGAUUUACUGAAUAUAUUCCUAAAACUUAAGCCAGGUUCAGGAGAUACUCCCCCAUUUUCAUGUUACAUAGUCAAAUCAACAUCUGUCAACAGCAGACAGAAUGUGGACCACCUGCCCCUGAAAAUAUGUGAAGAGCAGAUUCUGCUAGCUGAAUGACAGGGAUUUGGUCUGUGAGAUAGCAAUAAUGGAAGAUAGUCUCCAUGCUCCAAAUGGCAAUAGUGUGUUAUGCAUGUCUUGUAGCACAAAUACUGGAUUCUACUGUUUUAAGUGUCAGAGUGGUCGCAUGCUGUGUGCUCUGUUCAGAGCAAUUCCUAUGGAGUUGAAGGGAAACUGCACAGAGUUAAAAGACAGUAUGUGGACUUCCCCAAAGUGCAGACAUGAGAGCAGCAUACUUUAAUGGUAGUUGUACAUAAAUUUAAGUAGUGACAAUGGAGUGGGUGAAUGGUCUGCAAUGAAGUAGUGUGAAUAGGAGGAUUGAUUUGUAGAGACUUCUACUUACAGUUCUGAAAUAGGUAGGGUUAGUCAUCGUUGUUCUCACUUUACUGUUACUUUGCCAGGUUCUUUCUUUCUUGGGAGAUCCCUGAACUGAAGUAUUCUUAAGGAUACACCAUUUGCUAAUUUAGUACAAGAGUUUGUACUUUUACUUUUUUAAACUAGGCUCAUGGGCUCUUGUGUUUUACAAGGUUAGGGUUUGGUUGUUUUGGGUUUUUUUUAAGUGAUUAUGACACACUGUGUUUGCAUCAAUUGUAGUAGUAUUUACAAAUUUUCACAUCCUUUACAAAGUUCUGCCAUAUUAGUAGCAUGCUUUGCUGAGGGUGAGUGUAACUGGAGAUAAGUCAGCAGGGUGCCCUGUCUGCCAAAAGGGCCAACCAUAACCUGGGGUACAUCAAGCACAGCAUUGCCAGCUGUUUGUCUCACUCUGCACUGCACUGGUGAGGCCUUGAGCACUGGGGACAGUUUGGGAUUUCCUCAGUGCAAGGACAUCAGAAGGAAAUCAGACUGUUACAGUGUUCUAGAGGAGGUGUGUGACCAACACUGCAAAAGGUCUCAAGGACAAGACCUCUGAGGAGCAGCUGAGGACACUUGCCUUGUUCAGUUUGGAGAAAAGAGGGCUGAGGAGUGCGCUCAUCACAGCCUACAACUUCCUCCAGAGGGAAGCAGAGAAGGAGGAGGUGCUGAUCCCCCUCUGAUGACCAGCAACAAGAUACGAGGACACAGAAUGAAGCUGCAUUGAGGGAAGUUCAGGUUGGACACCAGGAAAAGGUUCUUCUCUGAGAGAGAGGUUGGUCACUGGCCCAGUGACCCAGGGAAGUGGCCAAGGCACCAAGCCUGUCAGGGUUUGAGGAUCACCUGGAUGACACUCUCAGCCAUACAGUUAAAUGCUAAGUAGUUGGACCUGAUGAUCCUUGUGGAUCCCGUCAUACUUGAGAUAUUCUAUGAUUCUAGCCAUUUCAAGGAGGUAAAAUAUGUAUUAUGUAUUAGGGGACCAUGGGGUGGGGGCAGGGAGGGAAGCAGUGUCUUUCAUAGGGAAGGAGUAUUCUUUUCUCUCACAGAACAAUCAUGGAAGUUUAACAGAAGAACUCUUCUUGUGACAGCCCCAGGCUCUUUUCUCCCAGGCAACUCUCUCAAGAGACUGGAGGAAUAAUUAUGAAAUAUUGAUUUCUGGGUAUUCAGACAGAAGAGGAAGCUGUCUGAAGAGCAGCUCUUAAUACAAGUCUACUGCAUUUUUGCUUCAUGGAGCAAUAAUGGUUUCUUCGUUUGUAUCUGAAGUCCUUGUGGAUGCUUCUUCACUUCGCUUAAAUUUAUUCUUAUUUGGGUCAAAUUGUCUGAGUAGACAAUGAGACCCUCCUCAAAGCUUAGGAGACUUUUGUGUUACUGAAGUCUGGUUUAACCCUGUCUUUGUCCUUCUGUUGUUAAAAGGGUAUCCAUGUAACAACAAAAGAACUGGAUUCUCUUGAUGAAGAUGGUUUCCAGGUCUUUGUUCAUCACUUGCCUCAAAGGAUAGUCCUGUUGUUCUGCAAACAAACAGAAAAAAACCAAAAUCCCCAGCCUUUCACCCUGCCAUCAAGCCUCAUCUCAUAAGUAAAAGGAUGCAAACAUUGUACUGUAUCUAAAUUCUUUGCUAUAGAAAUUUUCAUCCAAGCUGCGGUGGAUCAGUUGUCCAAACUUUAGUGUCAAGGACACCAUUAACUACAGAGAAAAUGUCAGGCCAGUUUAAAUACUUGCACUUCCGGAAUUCAACCUUAGCUUUAUAAAUAGGACCCUGACUGAACCUGACAGUGGCUUCAAUUUACAUAAUCUAAAUUUGAAAGAAUAGACAUUGAUGUGUUACUUUAAAUAGCAUACUAUUCAAGAAAUUAGGUCUUCACCAGCACUUUAAAUAAAUACAAAGUGCUUUAUUAUUUUAUUUUACAGUUUUCUAAUUCCUCCAGCAUACAUUUUCAUUUUAGUAUUUAGGUAUUCUAGCAAUAUCUGGUGUUUUCACUGGCUUCUGUGUUUUAAGUAUUUUACUCCUGUGCCUCAUAGGAGUAAGAGUGUGAGAUCUGUUUAAUUUGUCUGUACAGUCCUUUUAAAUAAAUGUUUGUUUCAUGUCA